AUGCAAUUCUCCUUAGCUACCAUUGCUGUCUUAGCCCUUGCUGCUACUGCUGAAGCAGCUAACAACACCACUUCGAGUCUGAAAGCUGGUGCUGCUGAAAUCGUGAACUCUAUUUCAGGAACUGUUUUAGGUGCGGUUAUUGCUGGUGCUACAAUAAUUUAUAUAAUUCAUUUCUUAGAUAAUUAA